AUGAAUCCACUCAGCCUUUCUAGGUAUGUCGAAAAAGGCUCAAUUGAACCCGGAACUAUUGGAGGAAGCAAACCUCGAGUGACAACACCUAAGGUAGUGGAAUACAUCAGACUACUGAAAUGCUCUGAUCCUGGUAUUUUUUCUUGGGAGAUUCGCGACCGGCUUGUCGCAGAUGGAGUUUGCAGCAAAGAAAAUGUCCCCUCUGUAAGCAGUAUAAGCAGAAUACUUCGGAGUAAAAUACCAAAAGGUGAGGACUCAAUCGAAUGGAUAGGUUGUUCAGGCUUUGAUCAGUCUUCCUUACAAUUCUUUCCUUAUGCCAGAUGUCCACCUACAGAUCCGAUAGGACUGCAAAUGCAAUACAGCCAAUAUAUGAGUUUUGGUAAGGAAAUACUGGGGACCCUAUUCGCUAAUUCCAUACGAUUUUUAAGUAUUUGA